ACACAUGUGCUAGAAGUAAACACGGCACGGGUAGUGGCACGACGUUGGAGUUCCACAAAAUUCCGACAAAAUGGAAUUAUUCGCAGUAAAUCGCUACGACGAAACCAAACUCACCAAGAACGACGAGGAAGCGCAGGAGGAGUUGAUCUUGCAGCGGUUGCAGCGAUCCUUUCAGGAGAAGGCCGAACGUCGCAAGCAAAGGAAGAAGUCGCCGGAACCGCAAGGGGAUGAGGAGCAGCAGGUUGCGGCUCCUGCGGAGCCAGAGCCGGAGGAACCUGCUCAAGAGAGUGAGAGUGAGGAGGAUGAGAAAGCCGAGCCUGUGGUAGAAGAAGCGAAAGAGGAUGAGUCGAAGGGGGAAGAACCUGCUGCGCAGGCUGAGCCGGAUUUUCUGGUGCUGGGUGAUGCCUACUUUAAGAAGCUGAAGCAGGUGGAGGAGAUUUUGCCACCGUGGUUGUCCCAUCCGACUGUAAUUGAUAGCGAUCUUAGCAAGAAGGGCAAGUCGAUUAAGAAGUUGGGGUAUUUGGAUGAUCAGGUGAAGGCCAACUUGAAGAAGCUUGGGUUCAAGCGGUUGUUUCCGGUUCAGGAGACGGUCAUUCCGUGGAUUUUGGAUGCGCACCAGAAGCCGACGCCGUUUUGGCCACGGGACGUGUGUAUUUCGUCACCCACUGGAAGUGGCAAAACGUUGGCGUUUGCCGUACCGGUUGUUCAGCUGUUGCUGAAUCGGAUUGCUCCGGCCAUUCGUGCUUUGGUCAUUCUGCCGGUCAAGGAGUUGGCCGAGCAGGUUUUCGGCGUGUUUGAGAAGCUCUGUGAGGGAACUAAAAUUCGGCCGCUGCUUUUGUCCCGCAAGCAGACGUUCAGCGUGGAGCAGUCUAAGCUGGUGGCUCGGUUCAACGGAGAGUACAUACCGAAGGUGGACAUUGUGGUGACGACGGCGGGUCGUCUCGUGGAACAUCUUCACUCGACGACGGGAUUCACGCUGAAGCACCUUCGCUUCCUGAUCAUCGACGAAGCGGAUCGUGUCAUGGACCAAAUCCAGAACGAUUGGCUGUACCACCUGAACAAACACGUCAAGCAAGAGUCUGACGAGUAUCUGCUCGGGCGAGCGGCCGGCCAGCUGUCCCAGUCGGAACUGUUUGAUAAACCUCGCCAACCGCACAAGCUGCUGUUCUCCGCGACGCUCAGCCAAGACCCCGAGAAGUUGAACACCUUCAAGCUGUUCCACCCCAAACUGUUCACGGCCGUGUCCGAUCCGGCCAAGCGUCUGGCCGCCCUCGUGAGGCACCACCAGCAGGCGGAGGAGAAGCGUGGCAAGUUCAUUGGCCAGUACGCGACUCCGGUGGAACUGCGCGAGCUUGUCUGCAUGACGCAGUUCAAGAUCAAACCGUUGACGCUGUUUGCCCUGAUUAAGGAGAACGGCUACAAGCGAUUCCUGUGCUUUACCAACUCGAUCGACGGCUCGCAUCGGUUGUCGUUUGUGCUGCAAAAAAUGUUCGGCACCGAGCUUGUUAUCGAGGAGUGGUCUUCGUCGUUGAGUCCACAGGCGAGGAAGAGCGUGCUGAGUCGGUUCGCGCUGGGAAAGGUCAACGGCAUCAUUUGCACGGACGCCCUCGCUCGCGGUAUCGACAUUGACGACAUCGACGUGGUCAUCUCGUACGACAUGCCGCGCCACAUCAACACGUACAUCCACCGAAUCGGUCGAACGGGUCGUGCCGGAAACCGCGGAACCUCCAUCACGAUGCUGAUCGACGAGGAGCGAAAAAAAUUCCAAUCAACCCUGGCCGAGGCCGGCAAGCAGCCGCUGGAACCGAUCGAAAUCCGCUCCAACGCCGAGGAAGAAUACGCCGUGCUGUACUCGGCGGCGCUGAACGACCUGCGCGAAGCCCUGGACCUGGAGAAGCAAACGAUCCAGAAGAUCCGCAGCGGAAUGUCGAUCGCCAACAUGACCAAGGUGAACCUGCUGAGCAAGCUCAAGGAUCGCGUCGACAUUGACGGUGGGCACUCGAGCGAAAUGAUCAAGACGUUGGUGCACUUGCCGAGGGCGUGGACCAACGAAUCGAUGGAGAAGCGCGCCGGCGCCGGCGAUCGCAAGCGGAAGCAGAAGCCGCAACCCGGCGAAGAGACGAAACGGCAAAAGAUUGAGGGGAAAAACGUAUCGGAAUAAAGACUUUCUUUCGUUAUUUACU